CAAACCACUUCCUCGAAGCCGAUGCUCAUAUGACUACAGCAUAGCAAUGAGACUGAUUCUCACGGAAUCUUUGGUUCUCUUUUGUGCAGUAAUAUGUUAUUCCUUGACAGAAAAGACACCAAAUGUUGCAUCUCCAAACAUUAUCAUCAUGCUUAUGGAUGACAUGGGUUGGGGGGACUUGGGGGUGUUUGGUCAGCCCUCUAAAGAGACCCCCAACCUUGAUACCAUGGCUGCUCAGGGCAUGUUGUUUCCUAACUUCUACACUGCCAACCCACUCUGUUCACCAUCAAGAGCUGCUCUGCUGACUGGGAGGCUGCCUGUCAGAAACGGCUUCUACACGACUAACGCGCACGCCAGAAAUGCAUACACACCACAGGAGAUAGUGGGAGGAAUCUCGAAGGAUGAGAUUUUGUUACCUCAGAUGCUGAAGAAAAAGGGAUAUGUCAGCAAGAUAGUCGGCAAGUGGCAUCUGGGCCACAGACCACAGUACCUGCCUCUGGAAAAUGGUUUUGAUGAAUGGUUUGGCGCCCCAAACUGCCACUUUGGCCCCUACAACAACAGCGUCAGACCCAACAUCCCUGUCUACAACAAUUCAGAGAUGGUCGGCAGAUACUAUGAGGAGUUUAAGAUUGACAUUAAGACUGGAGAGUCCAACCUCACACAGAUCUACUUGCUGGAAGGCCUUGAUUUCAUACGGCGUCAGACUGAGGCCCAGCGGCCCUUCUUCCUCUACUGGGCAGCCGACGCCACUCACGCUCCUGUCUUUGCCUCCAGACGCUUCCGAGGGAAGAGCCAGCGAGGCCUGUAUGGUGAUGCAGUGAUGGAGCUAGACUACAGCGUCGGUCAGAUCUUGUCAUUGCUGCGGCAACUUCGCAUAGAAAAUAAUACCUUUGUCUUCUUCACAUCAGACAACGGAGCUGCUCUGAUGUCAGGCCCAAAACAAAGUGGCAGCAACGGGCCGUUCCUCUGCGGGAAGGAGACCACAUUUGAGGGGGGCAUGAGAGAGCCUGCCAUUGCCUGGUGGCCUGGACACAUUAAAGAGGGCGCGGUGAGUUUCCAGUUGGCCAACGUAAUGGACCUGUUCACCACCAGUCUGGCUUUGGCUGGCAUCAGCCCUCCUGAUGACAGAACCCUUGAUGGACUGGACCUGACACCAGUUCUGCUGAAUCGCUCAAACACACUCCAGAACAGGCCAAUCUUCUAUUAUCGUGGGAAUGAGCUGAUGGCUGUGAGGAUUGGACAGUACAAAGCACACUACUGGACCUGGAGCAACUCAUGGGAAGAGUUUAAACAAGGCAUCAACUUCUGUCCAGGUGAAGAGGUCCCAGGUAUAACUACUCACGACCAGAAAGAGCACACGCUGCAGCCCCUCAUUUUCCACCUGGGACAGGAUCCUGGGGAAAAGUUUCCUAUCAGUGUUUUGACUCAGGAGUACAGAGAUGUGCUGAGGAGGAUCUCUCCUGUGGUCGAACAGCAUAAGAAGACUCUCGUGCCCGGCGUUCCUCAGCUCAACAUGUGCGACGUGGCCGUGAUGAACUGGGCCCCUGCAGGCUGUGACAAGUUGGGAAAGUGUCUCAAAGUGCCCAAGUCUGAACCCUGGAAGUGUGACUGGCCACACUGAGAACUAAGAGAAAGAAAGAGGAACCUGAACCUGAAGCCGUGCCUUUCUGCAGACCAGCACACAAAGAUAUUAUUUUAAAUGAAAUGAUUUAGAAUUCUUUGUAAAAUGUUUCUGUGCAAUGUGCAAAAUCAGUGGAGAUGUAUUGGUAUGACAACAAUUCUUUACAAACAGAUUUUGCAGCUGUGAUUUUAAUGAGCCAACUCAAUGUUUAACCGUCCACGGCAUGAAUGCGACAAGAAUCAGUGGUUUAUGUCACAACUCGGUUUGAUGAUGUCCAGCAGAUAAGGAGAUGUAUUUGUUUUGAUCGUGCCUGAACUAAAGGUGGACUAUUGAAUUCUUCAUCCUUUUUAUAUGCACACUGCACAACACUUUAAAUAAAAACUAUUUUUGUCACA